AAAUUGGUACAGUGUGAGCAGUAGUAUAUGUUUGUUAGUGCUUCUCCAUUUGGAUCCUUUGAACAAAGUAUGGAAUCAGCAAGACUAUGGAUCCACUCUUUGUUGUUCUUAAUUUUCACUAUUGCUUCUUUGUAUCUUCUUGACACACUUGUUAUCUCAAGUAGACUAACUACUGAUUACCAAAAUAUCCAGCUGAAGAAGCAGCCCCAUCUACCUCUGCGUUUCCGCUCAGAUGGAACCUUCAAAAUCCUUCAGGUUGCGGAUAUGCAUUAUGGGAAUGGGAUGGUGACUCGGUGUAGAGAUGUGUUGGAGAGUGAGUUCAAUUACUGUUCUGACCUCAACACUACUCAUUUCUUGAGGAAGAUGAUUCACAUUGAAAAGCCUGACUUGAUUGUAUUUACUGGAGAUAACAUAUUUGGAUCAAGUGCUACUGAUGCUGCAGAAUCUUUGUUUGAAGUUUUUGCUCCUGCUAUAGAAUCCGGAAUUCCAUGGGCAGCAGUUUUGGGGAACCAUGAUCAAGAAUCUACUAUGAAUCGUGAAGAACUUAUGUCUUUCAUCUCCCUGAUGGAUUAUUCCGUUUCACAAACAUCUCCAAUGGAUCCAAUGAAACAGCAACCAAUGACAAAUAUUGAUGGAUUUGGCAACUACAAUCUUGAAGUGCAGGGUGCACCUGGCUCAUACUUAAGUAACAGCAGCAUUCUUAACCUAUAUUUUCUAGAUAGUGGAGAUAGAGCUAUUGUUGACGGAGUCCGGACUUAUAACUGGAUCAGGGAAUCUCAACUAAGUUGGCUUCGUGGUCUUUCUAAAAGAUUUCAGGGACAAUGGAAGCUUACUGACCAAUCAGUGGAGAUUCCUCCGCUCCCAGUGAUGCAUCCUGCACUAGCAUUUUUCCACAUCCCAAUUCCAGAAAUCCGUCAAGGUCCUAUUAAAAAUAUUGUUGGCACGUACCGGGAAUAUGUGGCAUGUUCAUUGGUGAACUCCGGAGUCUUGAAGACCUUUAUCUCUAUGGGGGAUGUUAAAGCUUUUUUUAUAGGUCAUGAUCAUAAUAAUGAUUAUUGUGGGAAUCUAGAAGGUAUGUGGUUUUGCUAUGGUGGAGGCUUUGGAUAUCAUGGUUAUGGUGUAGCUGGUUGGCCUAGAAGAGCAAGGGUAAUACAGGCAGAACUUGGGAAGGGAAAGGAAGUCUGGAUGGGUGUGGAGAAGAUCAGGACAUGGAAACGACUCGAUGAUGGUGUAUUGACCAAGUUUGAUGAGCAAGUCUUGUGGGACAUUCAUUCAUCAAGAUGAAAGUAUCAGGUACAUACUGUUCAUUCUAUAUGGUUAUA